CGGCACGGUUUGUAUUGAGUAGCUAUAUUUUGAGGGUUAAAGAGAUGUCGUUUCGCAUAACAACCAAGUCAAGCCCGCAAUCUCGACCGUUUUAAGCUUCACUUCACAAUCCAACUUGGCAACAUUUCAAGCGCCAUCCUAUCACCAUGUCGGCACCAACUGGCAAGUACCUCUCCAAGCUCGCCAACAAGCGUGUCCUUGUGCUGGGCGGCACCUCGGGCAUCGGAUUCGGCGUCGCCGAAGCAGCGCUCGAGCACGGCGCCGAGGUCAUCGUCAGCAACUCCAACCAACCACGCCUCGACGCCGCGCUCGCCCGCCUCAGGACCGCCUACCCGGACGCCAAGAUCCGGGGCUACACCUGUGACCUCUCCGACGCGGCCAACGUCGAGGCCAACGUCGACUCCCUCCUCUCCCGCGCCGCCGCCGACGGCACCAAGAUCCACCACGUCGCCUUCACGGCCGGAGACAGCCUGCCGGACCUGAACCUGGCGAACGCCACCGUGGCGUCCAUCAACGCGGCGAUGGCCGUGCGGUUCGCCGGCGCCGUGAUCCUCGCCAAGCUGCUGCCCCGGUAUAUGGACCUCGACCCGGCGAACUCGCUCACGCUUACGGGCGGGACCAACACGGAUAAGCCGUCGGCCGGCUGGUCCGUGCUUGCCGGGAUUGGUGGGGCGGUCGAGGCUCUGUCGAGGGGGCUGGCCGUGGACCUGAAGCCGGUGCGGGUCAACUUGGUGUCGCCGGGAGCGGUGAAGACGGAGUUGUUCGAGAGGUUCGACACGGAGAUGGGUGGGCAGCUGGAGGCGGCGUAUAAGGCGCACACGACGACGGGGGAGAUUGGGAGGCCCGGGGACGUGGCUGAAGCGUAUAUUUAUCUGAUGAAAGACCGGUUUGCCAGUGGGGCCAUUGUGAACACCAACGGGGGAAGGUUGCUGGCUUAGGGGGCUGGUGCUGCUUGGAGAUGUUGCUGGGUCUGUUACAUGGAUGGAGAGUUCAAGCCCUGUAGAGCUGCUAGUUCUCUCCUCCGCCCUCUCCCCUCCGUUUCGAGACAUGUGUUCAACAACAAUCACAUCAUCGACUUUCCCCUCAACUUCAACUCGACAUUUAGAAAAAGCUCAUCCGAUCGUCCGCUGAACAACAUGCAUUCCCAAAGCUCCUGGGGCUAGGCAAGAUCAAGGCUACAGCAACGGGCCCUGGCGCGAGUUCUGCCUUUUUCAAGUGUAAGUACGCCCGAAAACAGUAAAUAACACUCAACUUCCACGUAAACUCACUCCUUGCGAGACUAAGGGGUGCGCUAAUUAGUAUCGUAUAAUUACUCUUAUUAUAAGAGAGAAAGAUCGAAAUAGCUUUAGCUAAUUAGGUAUAAUUAGCUGAUGCUCAUCCGUCUUUGCAUCAUAUCCUUCAAUCCCAGUUACGAU